AUGGCUCUCUUCCCCGGGAAGAAACGAGUUCUAGAGAACCAAUCCGAAAUUGCACCCAGUGUUCAAGUGACUGGCCCCUCCGACCCAAACCGACGCUCUGAGGUCGUCCAGGAGGGACUGCAAAAUGAUCCAGCUCGAGCCCAGGCAGAGGCUCGCCUCCGUCGCAAGGUCGACCUGCGGCUCUGCACCAUUGCUGGCAUUCUCUGCAGUCUAAAUCUCCUCGACAGUGGAAUAAUCUCGUCGGCAGCUGUCACAAGCAUGCUCUCUGAUCUCAACCUUGUCGGAGAUCGCUACUCUGUUUCGAUCUUCAUCUUUACCGUCGCCUCUGUCGGCUGUCAACUCCCGGCAACUAUCUUGUUACGUUUCGUAGGACCUCGGGUGUUCUUUUCGUCCAUUACUUGUGCUUUCGGUAUCAUCACCAUGUGCACCGCCGCGAUCACCAACUGGCAACAGAUGAUAGCCCUGCGGGUCCUCCUCGGUAUCUCUAUGGCGGGAAUCUAUCCGGGACUGACAUAUCUCAUUUCAACGUGGUAUACUCGCCACGAGCAGCAGCUCCGAUUUGCGCUGCUGCAAUCUGGAGAAAUCAUCAUCCUUGCCACCGGCUCUAUCGUCAACUUUGGGUUGAAUCACCUCGAUCAUCACGAUGGCCUUCGAGGUUGGCAAUGGAUGUAUCUUGUCCAAGGCUCAGUCACUGUGUUUCUCGGGCUGAUCACCUACUUCUGGAUGAUCGACUUCCCCGACCGUUGCGAGAACUCGUUCCACUUCCUGACAGAGGAUGAGAAGAGUCUUGCAAUCUCUCGGAUCAAUGAGGAUCGCCGUGAUGGUGGAAAACCCGAACCAUUCAGCUUGGGUGCCAUUUUGAUACACUUUCUUGACUGGAAGCUUUACGCUUUUUGCGUGCUGUUCUUCUUGCUCAACUUGGUCUCAACGGCUCUCUCGUACUUCUUGCCCAUUAUUCUGCAGAGCGGAAUGGGUUUCGACUCCAACAAGGCCAUUCUUCUGUCAUCGCCCCCCUACUACUAUGCGGUGAUUCCCGUCCUACUUUCUUCGUUCAUUGGAGACAAAUACAGGGUUCGAGCACCGGUGAUCAUUUUCAAUGCAAUUUGCUUGAUCGUGGGAUUCUGCAUGUUAGGUUUCAGCAGUCAAGUAACGGUGAGAUAUAUUGGCACGUUUCUGGCCACCGGCGCGUACAUCUCCAACUGGGCCGCACUGAACGCUUAUCAAGCCAACAACAUCGUGGGUCAAUGGAAGCGUGCCACAGUGGCAGCGGCCGUUUCUGGUUGCAAUGGUUUGGGCGGCAUAGCCGGCAGUUACAUCGUCCGCCAACCCGAAGCCCCCCGAUAUUUGACCGCAAUAUGGGUGAGCAUCGGGAGUCAUAUUUUGAUGAUCGUCGUGGUUGCAACAUGUACAUUGUGGUUCUGGAUCGCCAACCGCAGAUCAAAGAGGAAGGGAAGUUUGAUCGAGGGAGUUGCCAACUUUUACUACACCUAUUGA